AUGGAGCUCUUAUUCAAGGAGCUGGAGCACAAAGUCAUCUCUCUGGUAAAGAAUCACCUGAAGAGGUUUGUGAAGCUACUGAGUCUGGAUUACCCAGCAUGCUCUGAGAGAGAGGUGGAGCAUGAGGAGGAUCAAAGUGUCAGAGAGGGAGCGCUGAAGAUCACACUGCACGUCCUAAGGAACAUGAACCAGACAGACCUCGCUAACACACUACAGAUCAAACUGGCUCCUUCCUGUCAUCAAAAGCUCAAAACCACACUGAAGGAAAAUUGUCAGAAAAUUAAUGAAGGAAUCUCAAAUCCUGGAACCUCAACACUUCUGAAGGAGAUCUACACAGAGCUGUACAUCACAGAGGGUGGGAGUGGAGAGGUCAAUAAUGAACAUGAGGUCAGACAGAUUGAAACAGCAUCCAGGAGACCAGCAACACAGGAGACGCCCAUCAAAUGCAACGACAUCUUUAAAGGCAAACCCGUCAGAACUGUGCUGACUAAAGGAGUCGCUGGAAUUGGAAAAACAGUCUCUGUGCAGAAGUUCAUUCUGGACUGGGCUGAAGGAAAAGCCAAUCAGGAUGUUCUCUUCAUAUUUCCACUUCCUUUUAGAGAGCUCAAUUUGAUAAGGAAGAAACUCAGUCUGUUAGAUCUUCUAAAUCAGUUUUUCACAGAUAUAAAAGAAUUGAAACCCAGAGACUAUGAUCACUAUAAAGUCAUGUUCGUCUUUGAUGGUCUGGAUGAAUGUCGACUUCCUCUAGAUUUCCAGAACAAUGAGAGCUUAUUUGAUGUUAGACAGUCAGCCUCAGUGGAUGUGCUGCUGACAAACCUCAUCAAUGGGAAUCUGCUUCCUUCUGCACUCCUAUGGAUAACUACUCGACCAGCAGCAGCCAAUCAGAUCCCUCCUGAUUGUAUUAACCAGGUAACAGAGGUACGAGGGUUCAGUGACCCUCAGAAAGAGGAAUACUUCAGGAAAAGGAUCAGUGAUCAGAGCCUUGCUGAAAGAAUCAUUACACACAUGAAGUCCUCAAGAAGCCUCUACAUCAUGUGCCACAUCCCAGUCUUCUGCUGGAUUGCAGCCACUGUUCUAGAGAGGAUGCUGGGUGAAGCAGAGAGUGGAGAGAUCCCCAAGACUCUGACUCAAAUGUUCACACACUUCCUGAUCUUUCAGAUCAAACACAGCAGCCAAAAGUACCAAAGAAAAAGUGACAUUGAUCAUAAACAGACUAGAAAGAUUAUUCUGGCACUGGGAAAACUGGCUUUCCAACAGCUGGAAAAAGGAAACCUGAUCUUCUAUGAGGAAGACCUGAGAGAGUGUGGCAUUGAUGUCAGAGAAGUGUCAGUGUACUCUGGAGUGUGUACUCAGAUCUUCAGAGAGGAGUUUGGGCUGCACCUGGGGAAGGUUUUCUGCUUUGUGCAUCUGAGUGUUCAGGAGUUUCUGGCUGCUUUAUAUGCAUUUCUUUUCUUCAUCUCCAACAACAGAAGUGUGCUAGUACAACAAACCACUGGAUUUUUUAGUUUCUUUAAAACGUUAACAAUGUCUGAUUUCCUCAAGGCUGCAGUGGACAAGGCCUUACAAAGUGAGAAUGGACACCUGGACCUUUUCCUCCGCUUCCUUCUGGGCCUCUCACUGGAGUCCAAUCAGACUCUCUUACGAGGCCUAAUGACACAGACAGGAAACAGCUCUCAGAGCAAAGAGGAAAUAGUCAAGUACAUUAAGGCGAAGAUCAGGGAGAAUCCCUCUCCAGAGAAAACAAUCAGUCUGUUCCACUGUCUAAAUGAACUGAAUGAUCAUUCUCUAGUGCAGGAAGUUCAAACAUACCUGAACAGAGGAGGUUCCAGUGGUCUCAGUGGAGCUAAGCUCUCUCCUGCUCAGUGGUCAGCUGUGGCGUUUGUGAUACUGAAUUCAGAAGAGGAGCUGGAUGAGUUUGACCUGAGGAAAUUUGACCCAUCAGAGGAAUGUCUUCUGAGGCUGCUGCCGGUGGCCAAAGCAUCCAGAAAAGUUGUGUGA